AUGUAUGGAAUGUUACUGGAAUCGAUUCAGUAUUACAUACAACUUCAAUAUGGAGAAGAUAUUUGGAACGAAGUUUUAAGGAUAGCAAAUUGCAAGCAUACCGUAUUUAACACUCAUCAGAUCUAUCCAGAUAAUUUAGCUCUCCAACUGGGAGAAGCAUGUGCCCAGAUUACUGGAGGAAGUUAUGAACACUUUAUUAGCUUUUUUGGAAAAUGUUUCAUACGAUACUCUUCUAAAUUCGGGUAUGAUGCAACUAUAAAGGCUACCGGUCGGUAUUUUAUUGAGUUUCUUGAAAGCGUUGAUAAUAUUCAUCAUCAGUUUUCAUUUACGUAUCCAAAAAUGAAGAGCCCAUCGAUGUAUCUAACUGAAGUCGAUGAAAAUGGCUGCGUUUUAGUCUAUAGAAGUAGCCGACCUGGGUUUAGUUCUUAUAUUACUGGUAUAUUAAAGCAAUGCGCCGAGGAUUUUUUUCAUUUGAACUUAAAAAUUAAAAUCUUGGGGGAAGCGAGUUCAGCAAGUGGAUCUAAAAAACAAAUUCUCGUAAAUUUUAGGCUUGAUUUUGAUAAUAAGGCUUAUAUCCUUCACAAGAAAAAGAAAGAAAAUGGCAUGCGCUUUGCAAAACUAUCUCCAUUUUCUGUAGAUUUGUUUAUAUCACUUUUUCCAUUUGCUGUAUUAAUUGAUAGUAAGCUCUUCGUUAUUGCCGUUGGCGAGAAUUAUGGUAAAAUCUGGAAUCCAGAAGAACUUUGCAUUAAUAAACAUGUCGCCAAAUAUUUUAGAUUGCAGAGACCUAAAGGUAUUGCCCUUACUUGGAAAAACAUUAAAAAUCUUCAGUCGGUAAUAUUUGAAAUGGAAUGUAAUCGGGGUUAUGGUAAUUUUGAUAAUGUAAAAGCUGAUGAGUCCAGAGAUGCUGAAGGGCCAGAGAUUCCGAAGGAACCUAAAAAUAAUUUAUUGCUUAAGGGACAGAUGAAGUACAUUCAUGAUAUCAAUAGUAUUAUUUUUCUUUGUAGUCCAAUAAUCAAUGAUAUUGGAGAAUUAACUGGCCAGUCUCUUUUUCUUAAUGAUUUAAACUUUCAUGGAUUAAGCCGUGAAAUGGUUUUGGCAGGUUGGCAGCAUAAUUCAAAGCUUCAAACGAUGUUUGAUAAAGCAGAGCAAAAUUCAGAAGAGUUAGAACAAAGCUACGCUCUACUCGAUCAAUGGAAACGACGAGGGGAUGAAUUGCUAUAUUCAAUGAUUCCUAAACCAAUUGCUGAUAGAUUAGGAAAAGGAACAUCUGCUUUAGAUACUUGUGAGUCAUUCGGUUCGGUAACCAUACUUUUUUGUGAAUUGGUAGGCCUGCAGGCUAAAACAGUAAAAGAAACUAUGGAAGUUGUUGCUACUAUGAACCAGGUUUUUUCGGCCUUUGAUCAACUAAUGGAUAGAUUUAAUGUCUACAAGGUAGAAACUGUUGGACAAAUUUAUAUGGCUGCUUGCGGUGCACCUGAAAGAACUGAUAAACAUGCAGAAAUAAUGGCAAAUAUUGCGUUAAGUAUGCUCAAAGCUGCAGCUGAUCUGUCAGUUGAAAAUAAAAUAGGUAUACAUUCUGGUCCUGCUGUUGCUGGAGUUGUAGGUAUUAAAGUACCAAGAUACUGUUUCUUUGGAGACACUGUUAAUACAGCAUCGAGAAUGCAAUCAAGUAGUGAGGCAGGAAAAAUACAAAUAUCGCUCGAUUGUAAGAAACUAUUACCUGAAAAUCGGUUUAAUAUCCAAAGCAGAGGAUAUAUCCAAGUCAAAGGAAAAGGAGAUAUGCUAACUUAUUGGCUGUUAGAAACAUGA